GGCAUGGCGCGCCGCGCCGCCCGCGCCCGCGCCUGCUCCACACACACACCAUGAGCGACCUGCAGGCCACAUUCGAGUUCUCCGUGGAACUCUACAAGUUCUACAAUGUCGACCUCUUCCAGAGAGGACUGUAUCAGGUCCGCGUCGGUCUCCGCGUGUCGCCGAAGGUGCCGGUUCACAUCGAGGCCUCGGUGUCGAGCGGCAACGGCGCCGCGCGGACCGGCCGCCCGGCCGCCAACGCGUCCCUCAUCGGGGGUCUGGCCGCGUCCCGGGCCUUCCAAAUCAUGUAUAGAAACGAGGAGGUCACGUUACGGGACAUCGUGCACUUUAGGGCUCAUCUUUUAGUGGACAGUCGGAAUUUGAAGGAGUCGCUGGAGAGGGCAGAGUGGAGUCUUGGAGUGGAGCUGUGGUGCAGCGAGGGUGCCCAGUCCAGCACCCUCGCGCCCGUGUCAUGUCGGGUGCUGAAGCUGCACUUCCAGCCCUCGCAAGGCCUGCACUACCACUUGCCGGUGCUGUUCGACUACUUCCAUCUAUCUGCCGUCUCCAUCACUAUUCAUGCGAGUCUAGUUGCUUUACAUCAACCUUAUAUCAAGAAAAGCAUCAUGCAUUAUGUACAAAGCUGCACCCCGCGCUCAAGUAAACAAUGGGGCAAGUUGAUGAAGAGUGCAGGAUCCAACUUCAAUACAUCGGGUAGCUUCGAAAAUGUGCUCUUCGGAUCCACCGGCAAGUGUGCUGGGGGCAAUUCCAGCAAAAUUGCACAUGCAAGGCAAGUCCAUGCUGAAGUGUGCGGUAUUCUGCUGGGCUCUUUAGAGGGGUUGCAGAGUGCUCUAGCAAUAUGUGGAUCGACGGGUGUCCUGCUGACUCCUGAGGAGUCAUCGUCAAACUCCGUCUUAGGAGAGGUUGCACAGAGAAUAAAGGAUCUAAGCGACUUUGGCAGGAAUAUCCAGAAGUCGGAAUGCGGCGAGGAAGAGGAGUGGGCCAUGAGUGCGGCUCACGACAUCGCGCGGCUGUGCGCGGAGGUGACGCUCCGCUGGCGCGCCUUCCUGCACCACACGUCCGACCGGCCGCACGUGCACCACGCGCUCGCCGCCCGACACCACGCGCUCAGAAUCAAGCGAUUCGCGGAGUGCUUCUUCGUGCUGGACAACCCUCGCCACUCCCUGGCUGGUUGCUACGACAGCAACUACCAGUCGUAUCAGAGCGUCGGCGAGGUAGCCCGGAGGUCACGGUACCUCGCGUUGCUGCCUCCCCUGCCGGUCCACUGCAUCGCGCUUGACGGAGACCCUCAUAUCAUGCCCAUUAUUUUUGAAGACAGAUAUCAAGACACUGCGGAGUUCGCAAGGCGGCGUUCAUUUUUAAACUCAAGUGCAAGUAAAUCUGGGAGUGAUCCUUUCCUAUGUUCGGAAGCCCUCGAUGACUGUGCUUGCAGCGUAAGCUCGCUUAUGGACUCAAGAAGACCGUCAUCGGAAGCCUCCAGAGUCACUCUUACAUUACCUAAAACAAUCAUGGACGUUCUCGAACCACAGUUCAACGCCCCUAAAUCUAGUUCUAAUGUUGUACAAGCAACUUUAACGUUAGCGCCUCAAAAAUCCGCACGUGGAUCUCCAAAACGAGCUUUAGUAAAGCAAAAUGUAGUCGAGUUACCAAAAGCCCAUAAUAAACAACUUGAACUGACGGGAAGAAAUAGAUAUAUCGUGCAAAACAAUCAAAUUAGUGAAAUUCAACUACCACCGAACAAUGCAUUUGCUUCGUGCCCAAUACAACAAGGACAACAAAUGUCCCGAUACUCCGCUUCGACAUUGCUUGACAUCAGUACGGCAAAAAGUGCUUCGAACGUUUCUCGGCUAGGAAAAGAAAAAUCAGAGCCCGGCCUAGAAGUUUUCCGACAAAAGCAUGAAAUAACUAGUGGCGUUAGUACAUUGCCAGCCAGACACAGCAAGUCUCUUGACCAGUUAAGAGUCUCGCAAAUGACACCACUCAACACUACGCAAACAUUAACAAAGAACGUGAGAAAUAGUUCUAACUCAUCUGUCAACUAUCCCAAACCAUAUCUACCGCCUCAACAAAUAAAGCCAACGACAUUACCUAGAAGCGUAACUACGACAGCUUACCCAACGAAUACUACAACUAGAUGCAGCUCCAAAGAGAGAGGAGAUGACUAUAGGAAAAACAUAAGUGAGUUUAGAGAGAAAUACAAACAUCCAGGUAACAUGGCAGGCGGACACGGGAUGAAUAAUGAAGUGUUUCAUAAUGUAGGAUAUAAGUAUGACGGAGCGAUGAAACCUAAUCCUAACCAGGUGUACGGCUAUACUUUCGGUAAUCAGGGUAAUCUGCAAGUGAACAAUGUUAUUCGAAAUCCGUUAGAGUUUCAAAGAGGCUACAGUGUAAAUUUACCCCGUCCUAUGUUGCCUCCACGUAAUUCUUACCCACCGGUUAGUGGUAAAACUCAAGUGACUGAUCAAAAUAACUUAGUUUCUAAUAAACACGUACAUAGAUCGAAUUCUACGCACGUGUUUCAUCAAAAAGAAAACCAACAAAUUGAUAUUGAAGCUGCUAGAAAUCAACUUAGACACGAGCUCAACUAUUAUCUCCAAAAAGGUGAUUGGAGUUACGACUUUAACACAGGGAGUUUGAUCCAAAACUAUCAAAAGAAGUCAAGCAAAAGCAGUGAUGAUAGUGGAUUUGUGAUGACCUUAGAUAGAAGUAGCGACGGAACUUCAAAAUCAACCUAUUCGAAGACACCACCUUCAACGCCACAUUCUACAAUGCCCUCAGUACGACAUAAGAAAAGUCGAUCAAAGGAGUCUAAAUUAAGCCAUACCGCCAAAGAAAAUACUAAAAUGAAUUCGAGUAGAGAUUCGCUUAGCAGCCAUCACUCUAUCAAAUCUCGAGAUAGUAAAUCAGAUCGGCACACAUCGAAAUCGGAGCGGAGUACGCCUAAAUCGGACAGAGCAACACCAAGGUCAGGCAAGUCUACGCCUAAGUCUGGAGGCAUAACCCCAAAAUCAGGCCUAGCUACCCCAAAAUCAGGCAGAGCUACGCCUAAGUCGGGUGCAACAACGCCAAAAAGCGGAAGAUCGAGUGGGAAACCAGAAAAACGCACAAAACAUAAACCUUCCGAGAAGAUGACGCAGCUAAUGUCAGAAGCUGCGUCAUCGUCUAGUGAUGAAAGUAUACCCUUCGAACUAAGAAGGUUAGAAUCAUCAGCCAGUGUCCCGUACAGUCUUGAUCACGGACCUGAGUUGUUACGACACUGUAGAAGCGCUGCUUCGGUUUUAGAUGAGCCUAAUUUAAAUAAUACAUUUGGAUCCGAAUCUUUACCCAAUUUAGCACCACCACCAGCAUUUGAAUCGCCACCUCUUGACAUUGCAGAUAAAGAUUUCAAAAUAUUACCGCCUGAAAACUUCCUUAACAAAGAUGAAAAACGUAAUAGGAGCACUUCUACUUCAAGUUUGAGUGAACAAAGUGGAUGGGUCUCAAGCGGACGUAGUUCGGGGCCAUCCUCACCGGAUAAUGCAAGUUGUCAAUUAAACCAGAAUUUCGUUCCCGGAAACUCAACCGUAUCUAAAGUGUCGACUAAAACGUAUGAAGAUCCAAAUGAACAUCAUAAAACUGACGGCGAAACUAUCAGUGAUUUCAAAAGAACCGUUUUGAAUGGAGAACAGUUACGAGAACGGCUUUUAAAAUUAGCUGUGAAGGUCGCUCAAAAUAACUCAAACGAGAAGAUAGAAUGCUGUGAUAAAGAAGUAUGUGAAGAGUGUACGAUCUGUAGCGACUCUAUAUGCACGGAUAGCCAAUGCGAAUAUAAUAAACUAAUGCAUAGCAACGGCUUGGAUGCAGGAUGCAACUCUGAUACCUGUUCAGCAAGUUGUUUCCAACAAAUGGCUGAAGCGAGUGUGUCAAAAGGUAAUCAAAGACACAACUCUUUCAGCGCAGUACAAGGAAAGACUUACACUUCCUCAUCAAAGAGCUUGACUGAGGGGACGGUGAAAAAAUCUAAAACGAUAGGUGACAAUCUUCAUCCUUACAUAAGGAAAGAAAUUCCGCAGCAGCCACCUCAACCUCAACCGGCACAAGGUGCAGUUCAGAAGUUCUCGAAUAAAGCCAAAUCUGAGGUAGAUUUGGCUCAUUUUAUGGGUGACAAUGAUUACGAACAUCUGCCGCCACCGCAGCAAUUCAGGGACGCGCCUCCUCCACCAGACCAAUUCAAGGAUCCUCCAUCGAAAUCACCAAAGUUGAGUCGACAAAGUAGCAAAUCGUCAACACCGUCAAAGACUCCGAGAAAGCAGCCACAGCCUUCUUCGCUGCAACUAGAUAAUCCUUUAUACCACGUGUGUGAGGGCAUUAUGGAGAGGCGGAAGCUGCGCCCGCACCAAUCGGUUAAUUCUAGCGGUACGCCGUCCGGCAGUACGCUUAAUAAAAGUCAGAGCACUGGAGAACUGGCCAGUCGAAACGAAACUGAACAACGAGAAAGCAAUUUAAUCAGUAUAUUCGGCCUAGCGGAGUCUGAGAGAUUGUUUGUGAAGUGCCGAGAAGAGUUCAGGCAGAGUGUUAAGUAUCCAGGCGCUAUUUACUCAGACUUCCCACCAGUCGAGAACUCACUGCCUUACUUCCAUAUCAGCGAUGAGUAUAGGAUGUUUAAUCCUGAAGGACUGCAUUUGAUAAUCUGCGUCCACGGCUUGGAUGGCAACGCGGCGGACCUCCGCUUGGUAAAAACCUACUUGGAACUCGGCCUGCCCGGGGCAAGGCUAGACUUCCUGAUGUCCGAGAGAAACCAAGGCGACACUUUCUCUGACUUCGACACGAUGACAGAUAGAUUGGUUCAAGAGAUCCUGACCCACAUUCAGAACUCCAGCGAUCCCGCCAGGAUAAGUUUCGUGGGGCACUCGCUUGGCACCAUCAUCAUCCGGUCGGCCUUAGCGAGGCCACAGAUGAAACCAUUCUUGGGGAAGCUGCACACGUUCCUGUCACUCAGUGGACCGCACCUUGGGACUUUGUAUAACUCCAGCGGAUUAGUUAAUGCUGGCAUGUGGUUCAUGCAAAAAUGGAAGAAAUCUGGCUCGCUACUCCAGCUGUCACUACGCGACGCGUCCGACCCCCGCCGGUCGUUCCUCUACCGUCUGAGUGAGCGGAGCCAGCUGCAUCAGUUCAAGCACAUCCUACUCUGUGGGUCGGGACAGGACAGAUAUGUUCCACUCCAUUCUGCGAGACUUGAGCUGUGUAAGGCCGCGGCUAAAGAUACCUCGUUAUUGGGACAAGCUUAUAGAGAAAUGGUACACAACAUGGUGUCUCCACUAGCGGCGCGCGCGUCGACAGUGUCAGUCGUGCGGUAUGACGUGCAGCACGCGCUCCCGCACACGGCCAGCGCGCUGGUGGGCCGCGCCGCGCACAUCGCAGCGCUGGACUCCGACCUCUUCAUCGAGAAGUUCCUUCUUGUGUCCGCGCUUAAAUACUUCCGAUAAACUUAGGAACUGUGACCCUAUGUUCUAUGAAACAGCAUUUAUGUUUCCAGCUCUAAGUUCUUCAUUAUAGGUAAUAGGCUAAACUUAUAAAUAUUUCACGACCUGAUAUAAUUAUU